GUCACAGCCAGCCCACAGGAAUGCAUUUUACAACUGGACAACAUUUUGCAUCAAUCUGUGUCAGGAACAUGGUAACUGUCCAUAGCUAAUUGCAAAAAAGAUUCCUCUUCCGUAUAUCUUCCUGAUCAUUCCCCCCCUUACUUUUCCCCAAUUUUUAAUGUUACCAUUAACAAAAUACUAAUUCGUCUACAUACUUUUUUUUAAUAAAAAAUGCUUUGCUCCUAUGCUUCUCAGUUCUCACAACCUCUAUAAAUAGCUCUCUCAACACUCUUGCUCAUCUCAUCACACUCUCAAUUUCCAUACAUUCCUCUGCCUUUUCUGUUUCUCCAUCUCCAAACCUUCUUCGACAGAGCUAGCAGCCCUUCUCCCUAUUCCUAAAGAUGGCCAGCGUUGAGGUUGCAGCAGCAGCAUUGCCAGUAGAGACAGAGACAAAGGAAGUUGUCGCCCCCGCCCCUGACGCCGCAGCGGUGGAGGAGCCAGCUGCGCCUGCUGCAGUGGAAGAGCCAGCCGUUGUCGUCGCCGACGAAGCCAAAGAAGAGCCAGCAGCUGAAAGAGAGGAGCCUGCAGCCGCUGUGGUGGAAGAAGCCAAAGCGGAAGAGCCAGCCGCCGCUGAAGCUGAGGAGAUCGUCACAAAGGAAGUAGCUGUGGAAGAAGAAGAAGAAGAAGCCGCUCCUGCAGCCGAGACAGUUGAGGAGCCAGCCGCUGCUGUCGAGGAGGAGAAGCCUGCAGCAGAAGCUGUCGAGGAGCCAGCUGUUGCUGCCGCAGACGUCGUGGCAGAGGAACCCAAAACAGAGGCCGCCGCACCAGCGGCAGCUGUUGAGGAGAAGCCAGCAGGGGAAGAGGAAGAAGCCGUUGUGGAGAAAGCAGAGGAAUGAAGAAAUUAAUCAAGGAGUUUGGGAUCUAUCUAUCUUUCUAAAUGUUUCUUAUUGUUGCUUUUUUUCGACGUUAAUUAUUAUGAUGAUUCGUGGCGCCACGUGGGAUCAUAGGAUUGGGGGAUGUGGAAAUGGGUUUAUUUUGAUGUUUAUGUUGGGGAUGCUUUUGCAUUAGCUAUGAAAUUUACUAUAUUUCAAUAUGGUUUUGGUGGUAAUAUUUUGUUAAGUUA